UUGAUGACUAUAACAAAGUCUCAUAAAGAUACAAAAAUGACUAUAUUCCAUGAGAAGUAUCCACUAGUUUUUUUCAAAACAGCUGUAAAUAUUUCUUAAUUUAUGCAGGCAUAUUUUCGGUCUUCAGAAAACAAUCCACCGUUCCACAGUGGUAAAAGGCGGCCGGAAGGAUCCAGGCCAGUGGGUGACCGGAACUGAAACACAACUAUACCCUCUUCCUCACUCCACUCAUCACACAGAUCGAGAGCCCAAAGUCUUCCACACCAUUCACCCUGGAGAGAUCCAUGGAGCAGGUACCAUGAGGCUGCACAGCAGGAUCCUGCCCCUCUUCCUCCCCAUCCUCAAGCCCCUAGCACGUCAUAGGCCGCUCUGCUGCCUCCCAGCCAAUGGCAGGCCAACCACAGCCUACAUACUCAUCCCCUCCUCCUCCCCCCGUCACCUGACCACCGACGUCCCCUCCUCCCAGCCCCUGGUUGGCCAAGACACAACGGUUGAAGUUCUGGGCCACUCCUACCCUCGUGAUGACUUCACCAACGUGACCGCCAAGAUCCUGGCCAAGGUGGGCUGCAACCUGCACAACCAAGCCCACCAUCCUCUCUGGCUCAUCAAAGAGCGAAUCAAAGCCCACUUCUACCGCGCCUACAUCAUGCGCUCUGGCAACCCACUCUUCUCGGUCCACGACAACCUCAGUCCGGUGGUGACCACGGAGCAGAACUUUGACAGCCUGCUCAUCCCACCCGACCACCCCAGCCGGAAGCGAGGGGACAACUACUACCUCAACCGUGGCACCAUGCUGCGCGCACACACCUCCGCCCACCAGAGGGAGCUGGUGCGCUCGGGGCUGGACGCCUUCCUGCUGGCGGGCGACGUGUACCGAAGGGACGAGAUCGACGCCAGCCACUACCCCGUGUUCCAUCAGAUGGAGGGUGUGCGCCUCUUCUCCAACCAUGAGUUGUUUGCCAAGGUGUCGAGUGGAGAGGACCUGUCUCUCUUUGAGAGCGGGGGGCACCGGACCCCUCAGAAGCAGGAGACACACACUCUGGAGGCGGUGAAGCUUGUGGAGUUUGAUCUGAAACAGACCCUUGACCAUAUGGUCAGACACCUGUUUGGAGAAGAGCUGGAGAUCCGCUGGGUGGAGUGUUACUUCCCCUUCACCCAUCCCUCCUUUGAGAUGGAGGUGCGUUUCCAGGACGACUGGCUGGAGGUGUUGGGCUGUGGAGUGAUGGAGCAGGAGCUGGUGCACUCUGCGGGAGCGAGUAACAAGAUGGGCUGGGCAUUUGGACUGGGCCUGGAGCGCCUGGCCAUGGUGCUGUAUGGGAUCCCUGACAUCCGCCUCUUCUGGAGCCAGGACGACCGCUUCCUCAAGCAGUUCUGCCUGCCCAACAUCAACGACCCAGUCACCUUCCAACCCCUCAGUAAGUACCCACCUCUGAUCAACGACAUCUCCUUCUGGCUACCGGCCGAGGGCUAUGCAGAGAACGACUUCUAUGACCUGGUGAGGAACAUCGGAGGAGACCUGGUGGAAAAGGUCACCCUGGUAGACCAAUUCACACAUCCAAAGACGCAGAAGCACAGCCACUGUUACCGCAUCACCUACCGCCACAUGGAGAGGACCCUGACCCAGGAGGAGGUGCGUGUUCUCCACGCCGCCAUCGAGCACACCGCCGAGCAGGAACUGGGCGUGAAGGGGCGGUACUGAGACCCCCUCCACCGCCCCCUCCCCUGGGUUGUGCUCAGUAGGCGCGAAACAGGGAAAAAUCGGGUUAAAACCUGCCAAAACGGAAAGGUACCACCCAAACUCAUAGAGACACGAGGGGAGGCCUAAGGACCAUCCCUGGAGUCCCUCCUCUUCGUAGUACAACAAGAAUGCAACUGGUUGUAUUACCUAUAGAUGUAGGAUCUUAAUUUGAUCACUCUUUUGUUGCUGAGAGUGUUGUAGUGUAUUCAAGGUUUAAAAAAGA